AUGUCGGCGCGCCGUGCGGAGAUCGAGGCGAAGCGCGCCAAGCUCGAGCGCAUGCGCCAGGAGCGCGCUGCGCGCCAGCAGCGCGCACAGGGGCUCGGCGAGAGCCAGGGGAAGCAAGAGACGCCGUCGCGCAAGGAAGACCUCGACGCGCUCGUCGCGUCGCUGAUCACGCAGGACGCGCGCGAGGCGGACGAGGGCUCGCUCGGCGCCAGCACGGGGGGCGACUCGCUCAGGACAAGCACAGGCAGCGACGCGUUGCACGCGAGUACGAACGACGGGGGGAAGAUGGAGAGCGCUCCAGGCGCAAGUGUGGGCACAAUGGACACGGCCACGAGCACGGCCACGAGCACGGCGGCCAGCACGGCGGCCAGCACGGCGGCCAGCACGGCGGACGACGCAGUGAUGACGCGUGCCCCUGUGCCGCCUGCCCCGGCGCCCAUCCCGCAAAAGAUCCUCUACUCGAAAGAAGUACAGACCGAGUCGCCCCCGUCGCCCGACCUCGUCCCAACACCCGAGCCGCUCGAGGAGGCGUCCGCAACGCCGCCGCACCCGCCGACGCCGCCCGCAGAGGAGCUCGGGGCAGAUUUUGCCGACUUUGUGCACGCCAAGUCGGCCGUGAUCGAGCGCGUGCUCGACGAGGACUACGACGUACUGACAGACUAUACGCAUGUGCCGACCGACGCGCACGACCCGAAUGCGAACGCGCUGCGGCACGUCCAUACCUUCUUUGACGCGGCGAUCCUCGAUACGCGCUCGGUGACCGACAUGGACUGGUCGUCCAAGCACCCCGAGCUGCUCGCGGCGAGCUACAACCGGCAGCGCACGCCGACGCACGACGCCGACGGGCUCGUCGCCGUGUGGAACAUGCACCUGCGCGAGCGCCCCGAGUUUACGUUUGAGGCGCCGACCGACGUCACGUCCGUCCUCGCGUCGCCGUUCCACCCCACGCUGUACGUCGGCGGGACGUACAGCGGCCAGAUCCUCCUCUGGGACGCGCGGCAACGGGGGCUGCCGGUGCAGCGCACCCCCCUCUCUUUCUCUGCCGGCGCCGAGAGCGGGCACUGUGCGCCGGUGUACUCCCUGCGCAUGGUCGGCACGGCGCAGGCGCACCACCUCGUCAGUGCGUCGACCGACGGCCUGGUGUGUACCUGGACGAUGGACAUGCUUGCCAAGCCGCAAGAGUCGAUCAUGCUCACGAACCCCCUACACCCCCGCAGCGCAGACGUCGGCAUCGCGUCGCUGGACGUGCCCGCGGACGACGCGACGCGCUUCCUUGUCGGCACCGAAGAGGGGAACGUGUACGGCGCCGCGCGCUACAACCGCGCCGGCGCCGCGGCCGGCCUCGACACGGAGUACGUGUACGUGGGCCACGCCGCGCCCGUGACGCGCCUCGAGUGCCACCCCGCGCCGCGGGGCCGCAGCGCGCCGGCCGACUUUUCCGACCUGUUCCUCACGAGCAGCAUGGACUGGACGUCGGCGCUGUGGCGCACCGCCGACCGCACGCGCUCCGCGCCGCACAGCGCCAGCGGCUACCACUACGCGCACGCGAAUCCCCGCAUCGCGACGAGCACGCGCACGAACCCCCUCGCGUUCCGCGGCGGCGCCGCGAAUGCCGCGCCGUGGACCGUGAUCAAGCCGCUGUGCCGCUUCGAGAACCAGCAGGACUAUGUGAUGGACGUGCGCUGGCACCCCCACCACCCCGCGCUCUUUGCGCAGGUCGACGUCGCGGGGCGGCUCGAGAUGUACAAUCUGAAUUACAGCUGCGAGCGCCCGCUCCUGAGCACUGCGACGCCCGGCGGCCGCGGCCUGAACCGCGUCGCAUGGGAGCGCCGCGCAGACACCAGCGCCAGGCUCGUGGUCGGCGGCAUGGACGGACGCGUGCACCUCUACGAGCUCCCCGAGUCGGUCGUCACGCCCCGGGGGGAUGCAGAGUGGACCGAGAUGCAGCAGGUCCUUGCAUCGGCGUCGUAG